AUGUACUUCUUUCUUCUUCUUGUCCUUGCCCUUCUCACAGGUUUACCCCUUGCUUUUGCUUCGGGUGCGCACGGCGAGGACGCGCCGCCAACGGUUUACAUCAUCCGCCAUGGCGAGAAGCCAACAGGUCGCGGCGAUAAAGGGUUAAAUGUAGAUGGGUUCAAACGGGCAGAGUGUCUUCGAAGCGUGUUUGGACAGGGAUCCGGGUACGAGAUUGGGCAUAUCAUGGCGCCAUUUGUGAAUAAGAAGGGCCAUCAUCGACGUCCCUAUGAGACUGUUCUUCCGUUAGCAGUUGAUCUUGGCCUGGACGUGGAUACUUCGUGUAAACGUAAACAGGCAAAAUGCGUCGCGCGGAAAGUUAGGAAGUAUCACGGACCAGGCGAGAUUCUGAUUUCCUGGAGACAUACCAAUAUUCAUGAAAUCGCCCGCGAAUUGGGCGUUCCUCAUCCGCCGAUGUAUCCUGAGAGAUAUGAUCUGAUUUGGGUGAUCCCCUUUCCGUAUGACAAUAUCACCGAAGUGCGGAGCGAAGCAUGUCCUGGACUUGAUGUGCCGGCCGAGAUUGUGGUGCAAGGCGUAUAG